CACUGUGAAGUAGCUUUUUUAAAUUAUUUUUAUUUUUUUCUGACAACACAGCUUUUUACUUUCUUCCACUGACGGAAAUCUGAUAAUUUUAUCGACAAAGCUCGCGAAAAUGAACGAGACGAGUUAACGGUUUUUCUGCACUUAGUCGCUAUUAGCCUAAAUGCUAAAGUUUAACUUGUGUUGCUAGCUAGAAGAUGGCUAGCUGAGUCACCUGAGAUGGUCUGAGGGUCUGUUUUAAUCACGAAGAAGAAGCUGAGAUGGAAGACAGCGAUGGAGAGGACAUUGUUGAAACACCUGAGCUGCCCCUGGAGAUCAUAGUUUACAUCCUUAGAUUUCUUCACCCUUCAGACAGGAAGGAGGCCUCGCUGGUAUGCCGCAGCUGGUACUACGCCAGCCAGGACCAGCGCUUUCAGAAGAACGUCACCUUCUGCUUCCCGGCUUCGGCCUCGUCCCUGGAGCUGGUCAGGGGCCUGGGCAGGAAGUCCCGCUGCAGCCUGAUAAUCAGCCAGCUCGAUGGCUUCAGCAUUUCCAGAUCGCUGCUGCUGGAGGUGGGUCUGUGUCUGGGCCCUAAAGUGGAGAGCUUGGCCCUGCCUGGAAGCAGCAUAACGGAGGCCUCUCUGCUGACCCUCCUCCCUCGCCUGACCUCCCUUCGCAGGUUGGACCUCAGGGGCCUGGACAGUCUCUUCAUGUCUGGAGCUUUUCUCUCCAGAGAGGAGCACCGACAGCAGGUCAGGUCAGCUCUGUGUGGUCUGGAGGAGCUGGACCUGUCCGACCUGCGCUACCUCUCUGACCUCACCUUCAAUCGGCUCACCGGCUGCACCCCACGCCUCCGCCGGCUCUCGCUGGCCGGCUGCCACAUCGCCUUUGAGUUUGACCCGUACCGAGGGUGCCCGGUGGGAGCCGUCGAGGACUCUUCAGCGCUGCUGUCACUGAGGAACUUGAGGAGAUUGUUAACAGAGCAGAAAUCCACCCUCGUAGCUCUCGACCUCAGCAGAACCUCCAUCACUCCUGAGUCACUGCGCACCAUCGCACAGGUUCCAGAUUUGGUCUUAAAGGAACUGUUUCUGCACGGCUGUAAGGAGCUGACAGACUACUCAGUGGAAAUUCUGGUGAAGCAUCAGCCGAGCCUCCACAAGCUGGACAUCAGUGGCUGCACUGAGCUGACCAGCAGGUCUGUCGAGGCCAUAUCAAAGGGCCUGAAGUCCCUGACACAACUGUCCUUGUCCCGCGACUGGAGGAUCACUGAAAAAGGCCUCGCUGACCUGCUGUCGGUGCCGUCCCUGAGGACUCUGGACCUGUCCGAGUGUCUGCACAUUAAUGGAACGGAGAUAGUGAAAGGCUUGAAGGGGUCCAACGCUGGCAGAGCAAAGCUGGACGCACUCAACCUCAGAAGCUGCACUUACAUUAGGGACCUUGCAGUGUUCUCUCUCACCCAGCUGCUCGGGGAUUCUCUCCGUGAGCUUGACCUGACGUCAUGCGACAACGUGACCGACCUGUCCGUGCGAGCCGUGGCCACCUACCUGCAGAAGCUGGUGGUUCUGCGGCUCGGCUGGUGUAAAGAAGUCACGGAUUGGGGUCUGCUGGGGAUGGUGCAAACGACCAACUGCGAACUCGAUGAGGACUCGGGAGACAAGGGUCCCAGGUUCACCCGAACCUUCGGCAACAUGGGUUUCUUUAAGCCUCCUCGUAUGCCUUUUGAGGAUCGGCCCAAGCUGGUGACGCAGAAUGACCUGGAGCAGUUCAAACAGCAGGCUGGGGCUUCACUUUUAGCACUGAACAGGCUGCAGGAGCUGGACCUCUCAGCCUGCUCCAAACUCACCGACAGCAGCAUCACACAGGUGGUGCAUUACCCAGAUCUCCACCGUCUGUCUCUGUCCAUGCUGCCUGAGAUCACCGACGCCAGCUUGGCAUCCGUAGCCUGGCACUGCCGCAGCCUCACCAGCCUGGCGCUCAGCCACUGCCCAGGCAUCAGCGACCGCGGAGUAGCGCAGGCUGCACCGUACCUCCACAGACUGCAGCAUCUCUACCUCUCCUGUUGUAAUAACAUCACCGAUAGGUCCUUGUUCCUCCUGGUGCAGCACUGCAAGCGUCUGAGAACACUUGACAUCUCAAGGUGCAAAAACAUCUCUUCGACAACAGUGGACCUCCUCCAAUCACAGCUGCCCUUCUUGGAAAACAUCCACUACAAGUUCAUAGGUGGGGCUGACCUCAUCCAAACAGUGUGACUGAAUGUCCCGGAGGACCGCCGGACCUUUAACAAACAGAACUUGCUGACCAAAGCCCGCUCCGUGAGUCAAACCUUUGCACAUUUCAGUGUUUUGCACGAGAACUGAAAGAAAUGUGGACAAGUUGUCCGUUUACAGCGGGAGCUACUGUAAACACAUAUAGAAACCCUGUAAUUAUACAUCAUGAUUUAUGCGAUCUUCAAAAUAAUUGCUUUUCUGUCUGGGGCAGGUACCGCUGUUGUGAAAUUAACCAAACCUUAAAAAAGCCUGGGUGUAAUGUUUGUGCGGUGCAUCACUAUUUAGAUUUCACCUGAGGAAGGCAUUUCAAGGUGCUUCAUCCCGAAAACAGAAACACACAGGUGCCACUGUACAAAGAAAAUCUGUAGGAAAUGUUCCGAAUGUCAUGCACAUAAGAGAUUAUACUAAGAUGUCUUGUAGUAGCAUGGUGCUUUUAUUUAAGUUAAGAUUGUCCACGCAAGAAAACACUUGCUUAGUUGAAGGUUACACAGACGUAUGAAAUGACAGAGACUCCCGUAACUUGAAAGGUAAUUCUUUAAGAUGUAUAUGUGUCUAUUUAUGAAACAUGUAAUGAUGUAGUUAAUAAUUCUGAUGUGAUUUAAAUUGACAAACCGUGGGCUAAACUCUGACAUGUAAAUAACAUUCCAGUUUCUUUGCUCUACGGGAGCAGAUUUCCCCUAAAAGGAGCUUAACUGAAAAGCUAAUGCUUUGGAUGGUUUUCCUCAAUAAUUAAUUUUUUUAACAAACUUGACAGGUUUUUUUUUUCUCUCUCUCUCUAACAAUUACAGUCCUGUGCUGCUAAAGAAAUUAAAAGUAGACAUGAAGUGAGAGAAGUUUAGGUAAAAAGGAAAAGGGCAGUUACUCCAAAGCUGAAGUGAAUGAUGUUAAGCAACUUAUUCUUCUGUACAGUCUCAGGAGACGGACACUGCCUCUUUUGGAAUUCCAGUAUUUUUUCUUUUAGAACAUGUCAGUAGUUUGCCUCCCUCCAUGUGCCGCAUUAGCAGUGGUUCUAUUUAUAUGUUCUCUGAAAACUGCCAGUGUUAUCAGUCCCAUCCGUUAAUAUAAAAUGAAUUUAACAGAAAGGAAGCAUCAUCCCACAAAUAGCACAUCUGUGGGAUUGUGCUCCUUUUUCCUUCAAAUUAAAACACAAAUUUUCGUUGAAAAUAUCUGGAUAUUAGCUGUUAAUGCUGGAUCCUACAAGCCCUCCAUACCAGUCCAUCCCUCCCCCUGUUCUCUCAGCACUUGUCUAAUUAAAGAAAAAGCAUCUUACAUUAUAUGCACACGACACUGUAUUCUGCACUAUGACAGAGGGAGAAUAUAGACUGUAAAGACGAAUAAUCAGGUAUAAAAUAUGUGGCUUUUAUAAAUAAACCAAAGUUGCUACCAACAAAA